CCAAGAUCGCGAAGUUUCCGAAAGCGCGGGCAACAUCCGGGCACCUGGGGCCCUCGAGCUGAGGCGCGCCGAGUGGCUGACUUUUUUAGGGAUCGCAGCCAUGUUGAAGUGCGGGAUGAGCGGCAGUCAGGUGAAAGUAUUUGGGAAAGCGAUCCAAGCACUCUCACGAGUUAGUGAUGAGCUGUGGCUAGACCCUUCUGAAAAAGGUCUUGCUUUAAGAUCUGUGAAUUCUUGUCGGUCAGCAUAUGGAUGUGUCCUCUUCUCGCCUGUGUUUUUUCAACAUUAUCAAUGGUCAACCUCGGUGAAAACGAAUGAUAGUGACACAAUAUCGAAUUUAAAUUGCAAAUUGGGAAUGAAGUCAAUUCUGCCUAUCUUUAGAUGUCUGAAUUCCCUCGAAAGAAAUGUGGAGAAAUGCAAAAUAUUUACCAGAUCUGAUAAGUGCAAAGUAGUUAUUCAAUUCUUCUGCAGACAUGGUAUUAAAAGGAUUCAUAAUGUGUGUUUUCAAGAAAGUCAGCCUUUGCAAGUUAUUUUUGAAAAGAAUAUGUGUUCUAACACGCUAGUGAUUCAGCCAAGAGUGCUUGCUGAGGCAAUUGUUCUUUUUACAUCGAGUCAAGAGGAAGUUACUCUUGCUGUUACUCCACUGAACGUUUGCAUUAAGAGUUCUAAUGAGGAAUCAAUGGAUUUGACCAAUUCUGUAUACAGUGAGAUGUUUGUUGGGCCAGAUGAGUUUGACUUCUUCCAAAUUGGAGUCGACACUGAAAUAACAUUUUGCUUCAAAGAACUGAAGGGAAUGCUGACAUUUUCAGAAGCUACACAUGCUCCUAUAGCCAUUCAUUUUGAUUUUCCUGGGAAACCCAUGGCUUUAAGUAUUGACGAUAUGUUAUUGGAAGCCAACUUUAUUUUGGCUACAUUAGCUGAUGAGCCAAGUAGAGAGUCUUCUCCACAAUCACUGUAUCUUUCACAAAAACGAAAAAGGUCAGAGCUGAUAGAUUCAAAUUCAGAGGCUGGUAAAAAUGUAACCAGCAAGGAUGCAGAGUAUAUCUCGAGAAAAGCAGUACCCAAAAGGCUUUAUUCUGAGACUUGCACGAACAUCUCUUCAUUGGAAAACUGUGGCAGCCCUUUAACGGAAAGAGCAAACGGAGACAUUAGUGAAGUACCAGAAAGCAGUGUCAGUGACACGGAGGAAGUGCCAGGAUCUUCAUACCUCAGGAAGUUUUCUUGCAUGUUCUUUGGAGCAGUUUCUUCUGACCAACGAGAACACUUCAACCACCCUUUCCACAGUCUGGCAACAGCAAGUGACAGUGAAGAGGACGUGAAUAAUGGCAGUUUUUCCACAUUCUAACACUUAAUGAUGGCUGACCUGGCCCCCGACCCAUUUACUGGCUCACUUGCACCUCAAACACAUUUUCACAUCUAAGCCUACGAAGAUAUUGUCUUGGACUUCCUUGAAAUGGAUAAUGGGCUGCUGGUUUUCUAAACAUCUUCUUAUACAACAACCAUAUCUAGAAAUAGCUGCUUGUCAAGUAAAUGUAAUUUGCUUUAAAUCCAUUAUGCUUCUUGGGAGGGAGAAGAGUUUUCUGUGCAGGGAAAAAGCUCAUUAGAAUUCUUCAAUUCAGGGACUUCCCUGGUGGUGCAGUGGUUGAGAGUCCGCCUGCCAAUGCAGGGGACACGGGUUCAAGCCCUGGUCUGGGAAGAUCCCACAUGCUGCGGAGCAACUAAGCCCGUGCGCCUCAACUACUGAGCCUGCACUCUAGAGCCCGUGAGCCACAACUACUGAAGCCCGCGUGCCUAGAGCCCGUGCUCUGCAACAAGAGAAGCCACUGCAAUGAGAAGCCCGUGCACCGCAAUGAAG